UCUGCUUAUUAUUACCAGACUAAAUAAAAGUAGUACUAGAUAGAAUAGAAUGAUGAUGUUGCAGGAGCGCUUGAAUCGAGCAAAGCCAUAUGUGGGAGUGAUAAUGAUACAGUUCGGGUUUGCAGGUCAGGGUAUACUGGCAAAGACUGCUUUAAACCAGGGGAUGAACCACUUCACUUUCUCUGUUUUCCGAAAUGGCAUUGCUGCUAUUGUUUUUGCUCCUUUUGCUAUCUUUCACGAAAGAAAAGUAAGGCCAAGCAUGACCCUCUCCAUCUUCUUCAAGAUUUUCAUGAUGGGCUUGUUGGAACCAGUAAUCGACCAGAACUUGUACUACGCGGGGAUGAAGUACACAACAGCAACUUUUGCUAUAGCACUCAGCAAUAUUGUUCCUGCUCUCAUAUUCAUCAUGGCUUGGAUCUCCGGGCUUGAAAAAGUGAAAUUAACGAGCAGACAUAGCCAAGGGAAGAUUCUCGGGACAAUAGUGACAGUUGGUGGAGCAAUGGUGAUGACGCUAAUAAAAGGACCUCCGAUUGAAUUGCCAUGGACAAAGCAAGCCAGCUUUCAUCAAUCUUCUUCAACUACUACUACUCUGCAUCCACAUGACUCUGUAAAGGGCGCUGUCAUGAUCGCGGCUGGUUGCAUAUGCUGGGCCUGUUUUACCAUUUUACAAGCUAUUACACUAAAAGAAUAUCCAGCAGAGCUCUCUCUAACGGCUUUGAUAUGUGGCAUGGGUUCCUUGCAAGGCACGAUUCUAACUUUCGCUGUUGAAAGGGGAAAUUUAGCAAUUUGGUCCGUGCACUGGGACACUAAAUUCAUUACCGCCCUCUACAGUGGAGUAAUAUGUUCAGGAGUAGCUUAUUAUGUAUCAGGAGUAAUAAUGCAAGAGAGAGGUCCUGUUUUCGUGACUGCCUUCAAUCCUCUAGGCAUGGUAUUAGUCGCGAUUCUCAGUUCUUUCAUCUUAUCCGAGCAACUGGAUUUAGGAAGUGUCAUCGGAGCUAUAGUCAUUGUUACCGGCUUGUACCUAGUGAUAUGGGGGAAGAGCAAGGAUCAAACUUCAAGUAAGAUCGUCGACAACAAAGAUGAAGAGGCAGCAGCCACAAGUGAUUUGGAAAUGGCAACCAAGGAUGGCCUCAGUGUCCGCGGAGCAAAAUUACCUAGUGAUGCUAGUUCGGUUUAAAUAAAAAUUUAAAUGGAUAGAAAGAUACCAACAAAGUUGACAUAAUUACCAGAGUUUUUUCUGCUGGUCUCUGUUUUUAGCUAUAUAGAAAUGUAAUAGUGCUGUUUGCUAUGAGAUUAUUAUGCUGUAUUAUUGGAGAAUGUUGAGAUGAUGCUCUAAUUGAUUCUCAACUCUGAGGUGGAUGAAACUCCUCCUUAUCGAGUAUAAAAGGUCUCAGGUUUCAUUCAA